GGUGUGGCAGUCCGGGCUGCUGAGGGUGGGGCCGGCUAUAUGACCUAGGGAAGAGUUUUUCCUUUUCCUGAGCUUCAGCUAUUGGGAGCAGCUAGCUAGCCCCUCUCAGGAAAAAAAUGGCCCUUUCGGGUUGGGAGCCUGUGAUGGAAUGCAGCACUCCCGACGGCUGCUUUUCCAUGUCUCCCUCCAGCGCUUCCCACUCCACCCUCUCCUUAGUCACCUCGAGUCCACGCCGCAAUCCCUGCACCAAAGCCUUGGGUCUUCGUUGUCUUUCUUCUCAGAAGUGGUGCCCUGUGGCUGUGACGCUGGGGAUCCUUUGUCUGGGUUUACUGGUGACCAUCAUAAUGCUGACAAUGCAAUUAUCCCAGGUGUCUGAUCUUCUAAAGCAACAGCAAGCAAACCUUACUUACCAGAAAAAUAUACUGGAGGGACAGAGUUUAGCCCAGAAACAGGAGGAAAAGACUUUCCGUGAAUUACAGAGGGAACUCAAGGAAAUGAAUGAAAACCUUACCCAGGAGCUGGAUAAGAAAUCCAAACAACAAAUGGAACUUCAUCACCAGAACCUCAAUCUCCAAGAAGCUCUGAAAAAGGCAGCAAAUUUUUCAGGUCCUUGUCCCCAAGAUUGGCUCUGGCAUGAAAAAAACUGUUACCAAUUUUCCUCUAGUUCAUUUAAUUGGGAAAAAAGCCGGGAGAACUGCUUGUCUUUGGAUGCCCAGAUGCUGAUAAUUAAUAGCACAUAUGAUCUGGAAUUCAUCAAACAACUAACUGCUCAUUCCAGUGCCCCAUUCUGGACGGGGUUAAGUAAGAGGAAACCAGGCCCCUCAUGGAGCUGGGAGGAUGGCUCUCCUUUGAGGCCCAACGUGCUUAGAUUCAGAGCUCUUCCCCAGAGGAAUCCUUCAGACACCUGUGUGUAUAUACAAAGUGGAAACGCGUUUGCCGAGAGCUGCAUAUUAACUGCAAACAGUAUAUGUCAGAGGAAGGCGACUUUGCUGAGAGCACAGUGAAUUUGAAGGCUCCGGAAGAAAGGGAGGAGCCCAUCUUUGAAUUCUCUUCUGGAAUUUAAGCUAUUCUUCCUCACUUGGUUGCAAACUGUGAGAGCCCUCAGAACAGGUAUUAGCUGACUGUAGAGCUCUUUAGAGAAAGUGGGGCCCCAGUUGCCUGAUACCUUUAUAGCAAAAGUUUUGACUCUAUCUCUGUCUACAUUUUUUCUUUAAAAAAAUAUAUUUUAUUGAUUUUUUUUACAGAGAGGAAGGGAGAGGAAUAGAGAGUUAGAAACAUCAAUGAGAGAGAGAUGAGAGAGAAACAUCAAUCAGCUGCCUCCUGCACACCCCCUACUGGGGAUGUGCCCGCAACCAAGGUACAUGCCCUUGACCGGAAUUGAACCUGGGACCCUUCAGUCUGCAGGCUGACGCUCUAUCCACUGAGCCAAACCGGUUAGGGCUGUCUACGUUUUUUCACUUAGCUUGUCCAAAGCCUCCAACUAGCCUUUGGUCCCUCUUCUUUUUUUAUUUUAAAGUUUUGCUCCUUUCCAAACCUUGGGAAACCUCUCUACAUCAGUGCCACCAUCCCCUCGCCCUCCUAAAACGGCAUAGAAGAUAGAACAGAGAAGAGCUGCCCAACUGCAGAUAGAGGGCAAUAAAGGGGAUGCGUGCAUGGGAAACAGCCAUGAAGAAACUGAAAAAGGGAAAGGUCAUACUGGAAUCCAGAAACGCACAUUCUCAAUGUUAAAAGUGAUCACUUGGUGGUCUUUGAAAUCGUGGUCUCUCUCCAGACUAUCUCGCUUACACACACACACACACACACACACACACACACCAUAUCUUCACAUUAGAAAGUAAUUAGAAAUUGGGUGGUCUUUUCUGUGACCUAGUCUACAAUUAAGUAUCAGUUCCUGAAUUAGUUAUUUCUUCAUCUUUUCUCUACCAAAGGAUAGCUUAAUACCUUGAUUUUGUAUUUGUUAGAUUCAUGAGUAGGAUGGCCCAGAGGGAAAAAUAGUUGAUUUUUUUUUCACUAAAAUACAAACCUUAUAUUGAUGAACUCUUCUUAAUUCUGUUACACUAUGCUAUAAUGCAGAAACAUACAGGAUCAGAAACGAACGACAAUCAAUUCUAAAACAAACUGAUCCACAUAUGGAAAUAUCACUGAACAGAAACAAAUGGAAUUAGAAAUAUUCUAUUUUCAAUGUUUUUACUACUUUCUCCCACAUCCUUUGCAUCCUAUGACACAUAAUCUAGCACCAAUUUAUUUUUAAAAAAUCUCUAUUAUUCCUAGAAAAACAAGAGACAUUUUCUUUUAUUAACAGAUUUAUAAUAAACUAAACAUAUGUAAAGUGCACAAUCAAUAAGUUUUUUUUUAUUUAUAUGCUACUUUUAUUUCUGUAAGGAUACACUGAAACGUUAGAUGAUAUUAGCUAAUGACAAAAUGUAGAAAUGAAGCAUUGGCUUCUCUAACCAUAGCUACAAGAAUGUUAAUAUGUAUUGUCAUUACAUGUUCACUUUGAUAUCAUCCCAUUCUAUUAUGUAAUACUAGAGGCCCAGUGCAUGAAAUUCAUGCAUGGGUGAGAGGGGGUCUUCUCCAAUCCGGACCCCUCAGAGGAUGUCUGACUGCCUCUCACAAUCAGGGAUCGCUGGUUCCUAACCGCUCACCUGCCUGCCAGCCUGAUCACCCCUAACCAUCUCUGCCUGCCUGCGUGAUUGCCCCUAACUGCUCCCCUGCUGGCCUGAGCACCCCUAACCUCCUCUGCCUCGCCCCAUACCUGGGACCCAGGAUUCCCUCCUCUGGCUGGUUGCAGGUACCCAGGACCCGGGCUGGCCACAGCCACAGGGGACCAUGGGCAGGCGACUUUGCCUGGGCCAUAGCCACAGGUGCUGGAACCUGGGACUGCGGGGCGGAUGCCUUGUCCCUCUCCUGGGCCACAGGCGCAGGUACAGCUGCUGGCGCCCGGGACCACAGGGUGUGCGGCUCGUCCCUCUCCCAGGCCACAGCCUGGCUGGUCCCCAUUCCUCUCUCCCCAGUGUUGAGUGUCAGUCAUUACUGUGUGAGGGCAUGAUGACCAUUUGUAUAUUAGCUCUUUAUUACAUAGGAUAACAAUUAG